UUUUUAAUUCUGGCAAUGUUAUUUUUAAACGAUCAGAUUUUCAGGAAUAGUACAACCAAAAUGAGUUCCAGUUUGACACCUGAACAACGGGCGAGAAUUGAACAAAAUCGAAGAUUAGCUCUUGAAAAAAGAGCAGCAAGAUUGGCAGCUCACUUAUCACCUGAGAAAAGAGUCCAGUUACAAUCAUCAACUUUAUCAACAUCAGUGCCAAGUUUUAAAACACAACCUGUAAAUUCAUCAACUAUAAAUCAACAUGCCACUCAAAACCUGAACAGCAAUCUUAAUCAUAAUGCGUCAAACGCUUCUAGUACCGUUGUUAAAUCUUUCAAAUUAAAUCAACCAAACACUCCUGGCACACUUCAGAAAACCAUGAAUUCUGGUUUGUUUUACAAAUACACUCCACCAGGUUCAAAAUAUCCUUCUCUGAAUUUGACAAAAUCAAACAAAACCACUGAGAACCCGCCACAGCUUAAUCCCACAGUUUCUGGCUCAUCUGUUUCCAUCCCUGCUCCUGGGCCUAGGCCUCAAACAAGAGUAACCGGAGAAUGCAGAUUAGUGUCUAAGGAGAGGUUCACCGUGGAUAUCACGUUCCACCAGCAUGCUAUUGAUAUUUUCCGAACCAUCAAUGGGAAAGAGUAUGAUUUCAAAUCAAAACUUUGGACAUUUCCUGUCACAGAGUAUUUUAAUUUGAAGAAAGCAGUGUCCGUGUUAACCCCUGAUGUGAUAAUUGGAAACCUACCAAAAUGUGUUAUUGAGACUUUCAUCACAAAAGCAAAGAACUACCAGACGGAUAUUAGUAAAGUUGAUAUAUCCAGGGUGGAUUCCAAACUGAAGGAUGCUAUUUACCCUUUCCAAAAACAAGGGAUUCAGUUUGGGGUCACACGGGGAGGUAGAUGUCUAGUUGCAGACGACAUGGGUCUCGGAAAGAGCAUUCAGGCACUCGGCAUUGCUGACUACUACAGAGACAAUUGGCCACUACUCAUAGUCUGUCCUUCCUCUAUGAGAUACCAGUGGGAAGAAGAAGUUAGAGUGAGGCUGCCAAACUCUGUUCACCCUCAUCAAAUUUUUGUAAUGACCACUGGGAAGGAUGUUGUAGAAGGAGCAAGAGUUCUGAUCUUGUCUUAUGACCUUUUGGCCAAAAAGAAGGAUUUGAUCAAGGAAAUGCAGUUUGGAGUAGUUAUCAUGGAUGAGAGUCAUAUCAUCAAAAGUGUCAAGACGCAGAGAGGCAAGGCCGCUCUGGAGGUUGCUGAGCAUUGCCGGAGAGUCAUCCUGUUGAGCGGAACUCCUGUUUUGUCUAGACCUCAGGAGCUGUACAACCAGAUCAAGGCCAUUGACCCCGCCGCAUUCCCUUACUUUAAGGAAUUUGGCAUAAGAUAUUGCAAUGGAGUUCAAAAUAAAUUUGGCUGGGACUUUUCUGGCUCUAGCAACAUGGAAGAGCUGAGAAUACUUUUGGAAACAAGAAUGAUGAUUAGAAGAAUGAAGUCAGAAGUACUGAGUCAACUUCCUGGCAAAAUCAGGCAAGUGAUAACGUUGAACAGUAAAUCGUUAAGUACAAAGAACAACGACUCGAUGGACGCUUUUGCCCUGAAGCUGCAAUCCUCAACGCUGAAGGGACGAGAACGUCACGGCUGUCUACUGCAGUACUUCUCAGAAACGGCCAAGACCAAAGCAUCGGCUGUCUGCGAGUAUAUUGAAGACGUACUUCAAGAUAAUCGAAAAUUCCUGUGUUUCGCUCAUCACGGAGACAUGUUGGAAGCCAUUUGUCAAACACUUGAAAAUAAUAAGACGUGGUAUAUCCGUAUUGACGGGUCAGUCAGUGCUGAGGAACGCAAACAGCUGUGUGACAAAUUCCAGUAUGAGGACAAGUGGAUGGUGGCCGUCCUGUCAAUCAAGGCUGCCAACACGGGCCUCACACUCACUGCCGCACAGAUGGUCAUCUUCGCAGAACUGUUCUGGAACCCAGGGGAUUUAGCGCAGGCUGAAGACAGAGUGCAUCGUAUAGGCCAAGAGGACUGUGUCGUUGUCAAGUACUUGAUAGCUAGAGGUACGGCAGACGACUAUCUCUGGCCUCUGGUACAGUCGAAGCUGGAAGUGCUGAAUAGAGCUGGUCUGAGCAAAGACAGUUACAUGGACGCUGAUCAUACGUGUUUGAAGGGUUCACCAGAAAAGAAAGAGUCGCAGACAAAAAUCAAUGAUUACUUUCAAAACGAUGACGAUGAUGACGAUGAAAUGCUCCUAAGCAUGAUGGAUGAAGUGGAGGGUGUUGUUGAAAAAAAAAUAAAGCUUGGCUAGUAUUUAAGACUGAUCGAAUUCUCGUAAUUUACCAUGUACCUGUGAUAUUGCAAAAUAAUAUAAAUAGCAGUUUUAUACAUACAAUAUACAACUUUACUCAUCUUUUUCUACCUUGUCACCAAGACAUUUGAUACUGUACAUUUUAUUUCUGAAAGUAAGUUAUUAUCAUUGUAUUUAGUUAUAUCUGUUUUAUUAUUCCUUAUAACUUAUUAGUUCAUUCAACGUCAAGUCAAUAAUUGAAAAUACACCUAACCUAGUGGUUGUACAUAAAGUUUGUGUGUGUAACAUAAAUGUUUCGGAAUCUGAUACUUGCCAGCGUUCUUAAACAGCCCCCAUUAGAAAUUAAAUUGAGAGGAAAUGUUAAAAAGAUUCCUAAAACUGUAUUUAACUGUUUUGAGAUAAUGCUCUUCUCUUUGGAAUAGAAUGAUUAAAAAUAUAUAUCCAACCCAUUUCAAUGCUGUAGGUCUAUUUUGUGAUAAUGUAACAAAAUUAUGAUAUUUUUUAUAAAUAUUGAUUGUAUGAUAAACCGUGUGAAACCUAAUCAUUCU